AUGAACUUAUCCGUGUCUCGUAUCCUUCGUGGAGGGGCAGUACGCCGAAUAGCAAUAGGCCAAAGAGGGAAUGCCGACGCCGGUACUCAGCUGACAGCACUGAGCCCAACGCUGCUUAGUGUAUUGGCAGGCAGUGCCGCUGGUGCGAUUGGGGUCGGGGUUGCCUUCCCACUCGACACGUUGAAAACCAAAGCGCAGACCAUGCGCUCUCUCGGAAAUGAUGUUGGUACUAUUGCAACUACUACGACUGCUACUGGUACGGGUGAAGGGACGUGGUCUCCUCAAUCCGAAAAACUCAACAUGAUCCAGCUUAUUGGCGUCAUAUGGAAUCGUGAGGGUCUCGAUGGUUUCUUUUCGGGAGUGAAGGGCAUGAUGAUAGGUCAAGCCAUCAUUAAGGCAUUGGCGUUUUCGGCAAACGCGAAUGCGCUUUCUUGUCUAAAAGCAUCCGACUGGUCGCAAGACCUUUCGACGGGUAGCAUUUUGCUAGUUGCUGCGUGCUUUGCAGGUUUCGUCUCCAGUUUUGUCGUGGCUCCUAUUGAACGUAUUAAAGUUAUGAUGCAAUCAUCGUCACCCGGCAAGUAUAUGAACGAGCUGUACUGCCUUCAGGUAGUGCUCCACAAUGAAGGUAUUGCGGGGCUAUUGACCCGUGGGCUUGGGGCGACUUUGGCCCGAGAAAUACCAUCUUAUGGAAUUUAUUUUUGGCUGUACGGGUUUCUAUCCCAGAGCCCUAUCGCUUCCUUACUACCCGCCACGGUGGCGCCACUGAUCUUUGGGGCAAUCGCGGGAAUGUCGUCCUGGCUGCCUGUUUAUCCUAUUGACGUUGUUAAGACCACUCUGCAAAACACAGAAGGUGGUAUGCAACCCAACUUGACCGGCGAAGGCGCCAAUCCGACAGCUUGGCAAGUUGUGUGUGAGUUGUACCGAGAUGGAGGAAUAGGGAUCUUUUUCGAUGGUCUCGACGCUAAAAUGCUAAGGGCAGCUGUCAACCACGCUGUCACAUUUUCCAUUUACGACUGGCUGAUGAACACAGUGUUCGUGGCGAACAUAUAA